AUGACAUUGUAAUUGAAAUGGGCGAAGAUACAAUUAAUCUUAAUCAUUCAAAACUUGGGACUCAAGAAUAUUGGGAUGACUUAUAUAAGCUAGAGACCAAAAAUUUUGAGGAAAACGAACAAGACAUUGGAGAAUGUUGGUUUAAUGAUUCUGACGCCGAAUAUAAAAUAAUUGGAUUUCUAAACACUUGUUUAGAAGAGCAAGAGUUUGUUGAAACCAUAAAUGAGAGUUCAACAAUUAUUGAUUUAGGAACAGGAAAUGGAAGCUUAUUAUUUGAAAUCAGGAAAAAUAGUGAUUUUAAAGGCAAGCUUGUUGGUUUUGAUUAUUCACAAUUUUCAAUUGAUUUUGCCAAUAAGAUAAAAGAAAAAAAUUUUGGCGAUGACAAAGAUAUUGAAUUUAAACAUUUAGAUAUUUUGAAUAAUAAAAAUUGGUAUAAUACUGAUAUACCUAAGGAUUAUGAUAUAAUACUAGAUAAAGGUACAUUAGAUGCAAUUGCAUUAAGUGAUAAUUUAUAUGAAAAUGAUUUUAGAGAUAAUGAGAAUGAGAAUGAGAAUGAAAAUAAUAAGAAAUUACUUAAAGGAAUUGAAAUAUAUCCGAAAAUUAUGGAAAAAAUUAUGAAGAAAAACUCAAUUUUAUUAAUAACGAGUUGUAAUUUUAAUUUUAAUGAGUUGAAGUUAAUUAUAUCCCAAAGUACUAAAAAGCUAAAAUAUUGGAAACGAAUUGAUUAUCCAGUUUUUGAAUUCGGUGGAGUUAAAGGUUCAACAAUUUGUUCAAUUGCAUUUAUUAAAGAGUGAUAAAAUGAAAAAAAAAUUAAAAAAAGAGGAACAUGAAAUAAAUUUAUAUAAAUAAGUAAAUAAGUAGAAAAUAAUUAAUGAAUAAUAGGGAAAACUAAUAGUUUUU